CACCAAGGAGAGGACCACAAUGAACAAGUUGCCCAGCAGGGUCAAGAGGCCCUCCUGUUGACCAGAUGCUUUCAGGUUCCCAUGUCUCGUCCAGAUUCACCCUCUAGAGAUAAUCCCCAAUAUUGGGGAACUGGAGAAGCCAUUGGAGGGAGGAGCUUCCACAAGGAAAGAUUUGGAGCCUAGGAUAAAGAGCACAGAGGAAUCUUCAAAAGAGACCAUUCCAGAAGAAGAAUCAUCAUAUAGAGUGAAAAUUGUGAAAGAAAAUUGGAAGCAGUGCUGAUCAUUGAUACUCUACUUCUGAGGAUUGUUGGGAAAGUAAGAGCCAGGUAAAGAGUCAGAUGAAGAAGGAGAAGAAGGUGAGAAAAAUGACCAAACAUCAGAAGAUUCAAAAUAGAGACAAAAUAAAUGAACAUAAGGAACAUGGCAAAGCUUACACUAAAUCUUCACAUUUUACUGAAAAUCAAAAGAACCAUGCUGUUGAGAAGGCUUAUAAAUGUCAUGAAUGUGGGCUAACAUUUACUCACAACUCAAGAUUUAUUCAACAUCAGAAGAUUCAUACUGGAGAGAAGCCUUAUACAUGUAAGGAAUGUGGGAAAGUCUUCAAUAAAAACUCAACCCUUGUUAAUCAUCAGAGAAUUCAUACUGGGGAGAAGCCUUAUAAAUGUAAGGAAUGUGGGAAGGCCUUCACUCAAAAUUCAAUCCUUAUCAAACACCAGAGAAUUCACACUGGAGAGAAGCCAUACAAGUGUGAUGAGUGUGGGAAAGCCUUCAUUGAGAGUUCUGCCCUUAUUGUACAUCAGAUGACUCAUACUGGAGAGAAGCCUUAUACAUGUAAUGAGUGUGGAAAAGCCUUCAGUCAGAUGUCAAACUUUAAAGUACAUCAGAAGAUUCAUGAUGGAGAGAAGCCUUAUAAAUGUAACAAAUGUGAGAAAGUCUUUGGUCAGAGCUCAACCCUUUUCAAACACCAGAGAAUUCAUACUGGAGAAAAGCCCUAUAAAUGUAAUGAGUGUGGGAAAGCCUUUAGUCGAAGGUCAAACCUGAAGGUACAUCAGAAGAUUCAUACUGGAGAGAAGCCUUAUAAAUGUAAUCAGUGUGAGAAAGCCUUCACCCUAAGUUCUUCU